AUUUUUAUGCUCCAUUAGUUAGAGUUGCAUGCUGAAUGGAAGCUUAUAAUUUAGAGGGAGCACUUAAUUAGAGAAACUAAAUGAAGCAAUUAGCCAAGUCCUAACAUAUGCAAAAUGAGAAAGGCUUCAUUUUCACUUUCUUGACUAGAUACUUCUUAAAUCUGCCGAAAAGAUAGAUUUUAUUAUGUUUUUACUUAUCAAUUAGGAAAAAGAAAAAGAUAGAUCUUCUAGUUCUAGUAUUUGAAAGUUCACUUGCAAGGUUAUGAUAAUUGUGUCUUCAGCUCAUUGCAGGUAUCUUACACAUCAUGGUUUCUUGAUGCAUUCAAUUACGCAAUUGCAACCAACAUGGAUGUGCUGAAUUUGAGUAUCGGUGGACCUGAUUAUUUAGAUCUCCCUUUUGUGGAAAAGGUUUGGGAGCUUACAGCAAACAAUAUUAUCAUGGUUUCAGCUAUUGGGAAUGAUGGACCACUGUAUGGUACUCUAAACAAUCCAGCAGAUCAAAGUGAUGUUAUUGGUGUUGGUGGCAUUGAUUACAGUGAUCACAUAGCUUCUUUUUCCUCUCGUGGCAUGAGUACCUGGGAGAUUCCUCAUGGUUAUGGUCGUGUAAAGCCUGACAUUGUUGCGUAUGGACGUGAGAUAAUGGGAUCCAAAAUUAGUACAGGUUGUAAAAGUUUAUCUGGCACAAGCGUGGCGAGUCCUGUGGUUGCUGGUAUAGUAUGCCUGCUUGUUAGCAUAAUACCUGAAAACAAGCGAAAGGACAUUCUUAAUCCAGCUAGUGUCAAACAAGCACUGGUUGAGGGGGCUGCAAAGCUUCCUGGUCCCAACAUAUACGAGCAGGGUGCAGGCAGGGUUAAUUUGUUGGAGUCCUUUGAAAUUUUGAAGAGCUAUGAACCUCGAGCAAGUAUUUUUCCAGGUGUUCUUGAUUUCACCGACUGCCCAUACUCUUGGCCUUUUUGCCGUCAACCACUUUAUGCUGGUGCCAUGCCAGUCAUAUUUAAUGCCACUAUUUUAAAUGGAAUGGGUGUAAUUGGUUAUGUCGAAAGCCCGCCUACAUGGCACCCCUUUGAUGAGGAAGGCAACCUUCUCAGCAUCCAUUUUACCUAUUCAGAUGUCAUUUGGCCCUGGACUGGUUAUCUUGCACUGCACAUGCAAAUCAAAGAAGAAGGAGCUCAGUUUUCAGGGUUAAUUGAAGGUAAUGUGACUGUCAAGAUCCACAGCCCACCUGCUCUAGAUGAAAAGAGUCGUCGAAGUAGUACCUGUGUCCUUCAAUUGAAAUUAAAAGUGGUUCCUACUCCACCAAGAUCUGUGCGGAUAUUGUGGGAUCAAUUUCACAGUAUCAAAUAUCCUCCUGGUUAUAUUCCAAGGGACUCCUUAGAUGUUCGGAAUGACAUUCUUGACUGGCAUGGGGAUCAUCUGCACACAAAUUUUCACAUAAUGUUUGACACGCUAAGAGAUGCUGGAUACUAUAUUGAGACUCUUGGCUCUCCUCUUACAUGCUUUGAUGCUCGCCAGUACGGUACACUUCUUCUGGUGGAUCUUGAGGAGGAGUACUUCCCUGAAGAGAUCAAGAAACUGAGAGAUGAUGUCAUUAAUUCAGGUCUAAGUGUAGUUGUAUUUGCUGACUGGUACAAUGUGGACACAAUGGUAAAAAUGAGGUUCUUUGAUGACAAUACACGUAGCUGGUGGACUCCGGUCACUGGAGGUGCCAAUAUUCCUGCCUUAAAUGAUCUUUUGGCAUCCUUUGGGAUUGCAUUUGGGAAUAAAAUUCUGAAUGGCGAUUUUGUCCUCAACGGUGAACAGAGUCGGUAUGCAUCUGGAACUGAUAUUCUAAAGUUCCCAAGAGGUGGAUACUUGCACAGCUUCCCCUUCAUGGAUAGCUCAGAGAGUGGGGCCACACAGAAUAUCCUUUUGUCUGGCAUGACCAAGACAGAUACACCUAUUCUUGGUCUUUUGGAGGUUGGUGGGAGUCGAAUUGCAGUAUACGGCGACUCUAACUGCUUGGACAGCAGCCAUAUGGUUACCAAUUGUUAUGGGCUUCUGAAGAAAAUGCUAGAUUUUACAAGCAGGAAUGUAAAAGAUCCUAUGCUUUUCUCAGAUUCAGUUAGGCAGGAGAAACCAUUAUAUGCUGAUAAGAACCAGCUACCAACCCGUAGAACGGAUGUGAAUUUCUCUACUUAUUCUAGAGUUGUUGGAAAGGAGUUGAUCUGCGGGCGUGAUUCUAGAUUUGAAGUAUGGGGAACUAAGGGUUACAAUUUACAGGUCAGAGGAAGGAACCGUAGACUACCUGGCUAUCCUGUUAUUGACUUGGGUAGAGGUUUAAAUUCUACAGUAGAGACACCUGUUUUAGUAUUAACUAACACAACGCAGAACAUCGACGACUCUCCUGGAAACAAGUACUGGGGCUUCUUUUACAGAGAUGAUAUUGACAUGCCCGUGCUUGUAGCUACUCACUGGUUAGUGCCAGCAAUUAUUGCCAUCACAGGUCUAUUGAUACUAUUCUGGCGCAUGCAAAAGCGUCGGAGGAGGAGGAGAGGUUCUGGUUCGGGUCGAUUUACUAAUUUAUAGCCCUAAUCAUGAAUUGGGUUUUGUUCUUUGAGGUUAUUAUACUCCUGUAGGUUGUUUUAUGUAAUAUCAUAGGACAUUGCCUAGAUCACCGAAAAGGUGAGUUUUGUAUUCAGUAGUGUAGCAAUUUGACAUUUUCUUUCCUCAUUAGAUUGAUUUCUAGACAGUAAAUCACAAAAAUUCUCUUAGAGAAAAGAUGAAACGAACUGUAGUUGGUUCUCUUGGUGGGAGUUUUGGCUUACUGGUUUGCCUGAUAAUUUCAUCUGUCUAGAUACAGAGAGCAUUAUUAUCGUGUGA